GUGAUGACCGGCACGGUAAACGGGCAGGUUUACCUUAAGGGGGUAUUCUAGUGUAGAGACACGAAUUUCGGACGUUUUUUCGAACUCCGUAAAAAUAAAACAAAGAAUAUUUUUACUAUCCAUUAUAUCAUUAUUCGUUUAUCUAUCUUUCAACAAUAAAACAAAAAAAGGACGGAAAAAAAAUAUUCAUAAUUAGAAUAGUUACAUGCUGGUGAAGUGAGGGUGUUCAAAAAAAAGUUGUGCCAUGGCGUACACGAUUCCAGUCCAUCUGGUUAUCUGAAACAAAAAAAUCGAACAGAUUCUGAAUCAGUAAAGAUGUCGCUAUGGCAUGAACCUCGGACAAGUCAAAAACAUGGGUUUUAACAAAAUGGCGGCCGUUUGAAAACAAAAAUGCUGUUUAAAACGUUUUUUUUUGCGUUUACCGAUUUUUUAAAAAUAGUAAAAUUUAAAAGUUAUAAUUUUUUAUUGGUUCAUGCGAUAGAGAGAUGUAUGCAGAUCAUUUUCAUAUAAAUUUGACAUAAAUCGGUUCAGUAGAACUUGAGAUAUCGUGUACGCCAGUUAGAAAAAAACUAGUUCCGAGAGAAACGCGUUUGAAGUUCAUUGUGAUGGCCGUAACAGGUUAGAUACCACAUCACUAAGAUGGCUCUAACUAGGUAAAUAAUAGGAUUUUCGAUAAGUCCUUUCUAGAGUAUAUUCUUGAAUGCCUAAACUACAGAAAUAUGGUAAAAAAAAAUUUCGAUUUUUUCAGAUUUCUAGACUAGAAUACCCCCUUAAGGAGUGCCUACAGAAGCGCUUACUACCACUAUUGAAGCAGCACGAGGGCCCGACCAUCUUCUGGCCGGAUCUCGCUUCGUGCCACUAUUCAAAGGACGUGUUGGAGUGGUACGAAGCCAACGGGGUCACCUUCGUGCCAAAGGAAAUGAACCCGCCCAACGCGCCGGAGCUUCGCCCAAUAGAGAAAUAUUGGGCGAUUAUGAAGCAGGCCCUCCGGAAGAACCCAAAAGUUGUCAAAUCGGAGGCGGACUUCAAGAGAAAAUGGAUUUCUGUGGAUUUCUGUGGAAAAAUGGAAAAAAAACUACAACCUGACGUUGUACAGAACCUUAAGGACGGGGUAAAGAGGAAGUUUUCAUUUUACUGUCUUAAAUUUUCAAAAGGAUCGGUCUACUGGGCGAAUUUCUACAGCGUUUUUUCCGUGAUGCAAUUUGAUGUGACACACCCUUUACAACAACCUGAACAUCGCUCGCUUCCUAAUCAAGAAUUGAUCACAUCGUACACAACCGUUUUUUGGAAAAACACUGAAUUAGAACACAUCGAUCCAGAAACAGAUUUGUUAUAUCUCGAUAUUCAGCCGGACUCAAUGUCGCAUCUUCGUUAUAUGCAGUCAGAAAACUCAACCACUAAGCUUGAUUCUCAUGCUUUAUAUGGGCUUCAUACCAUUCGAUAUGUGUCCGCAAGUGGUUCAUUUUCCGCUACCCGUUGCAUCCGUCAAAAGGCAAAUUUUUAUUCCACACCUUGUAGAAAUAUUCAUAUCGACGUCUUGCUUUGUAGAAUCGUAUCAGAGCAUGAAGCCAUCCAAUUUCAUAGAAAGUUGCACAAAUGGGCAUCAAACAGCGUACAUAGAUUAAAGAACUUUACAGUCGGACUCAAAGAUAAUCGCAAAAUUUAUGGAUUAAACUCAUCGUCAAUCAGGAAUCUAGGUCGAUUGAGGCAGCCAGCAAAUGAGGUUUUUUGGCCUGAAAUACCAACCUGGAAUCAUCUAGCAAUCACCAAACAUCUUGAAUUCUCCGCCACAGCCUGCGUAUUCGAUCUAUUUCCGUCACCUAACCUGAAGGAAAGCACAUUUCAAGGUCUAAUGACCCUCUCACAUGUUAAGUAUCAGUGUUCCAUUCACCAUAUCUUUAUCUUGUCUCGACCUAAAAUACUGUAAAUUGGCAGACCACGAGACGUAUUCACCUACCGACGAAUCCACAUCCGACUUGGCAUCUCCAAUGAAGACAACCCGUGCAGGGUCAUUCACGCACUCUUGUUCGCUGGAAAAAUGAACCGAUCCCGAUAUUUCAACCCGCAGCCGUUGGAAAAAGAGCUUUGUUUCAUCGAGUUUAAAUUUAAUUAUUUUAAAUUAAUUACUAAUUUAUAAAACCUUGAAAAUAACGUGGAUAGUUACAGUUCGCACCACUGUUAGUUCUUACGAAAUAAUUCUACUGCAGUAUAAAACAGAAGUAUAGCUAGUUAUAGAUAGCCACCACCAUUGAUUGGUAUGAAGUAAUUGUAUUGAAAUAGAAUUUCAAUGGUGGGCGGUAUGUUAAGGAUUAGGUCAACUAUACAUUCCGUACCCUAAAUAAUUUGCUCUCGCUUACAAAUCGAUCGCGCAGAUAAAAAUCUCUAAACCUAAUUUGCAUAUAGCACAAAGCAGAUAAUAGGUUUCUAAUCCCUAUUGUCUCUAAGCCGAUAGAAGGAUGGAUAAAAUAGGAUGCGACGAUAGCUUCAGCCUCACUAGCCACAUACAGAUCAGCGACUGCGCUUCGUACAUUAUAUCGUGGAGAAAAUAGAAUAUCGAGCUGAGUAAUUUGUAUAGUUUCGUUUCGACUACUUAUUCGCGCCAAUAGUGUCCCGUCCACAAUCCGGAGAACCAGCUAACUCAUAUAGUCUCCUACAAUCAUUUUUUACACAGUCGUCCCUAGCCGUACUUGUUUGUGCGGUCGUCCCGAUUCGCGCAUGUACACUUUUAUUCUACCGUCUCAUCGUUCCGAUCCCUACUUAUUAUGAAAGAUUUAUCUAUUGUUACCUUUACCUUUUUGAACUGCGGCAAAAUUUCUAGGAACGACACGAGUAAUUGAAUUGCUAGUUUCAGAAACCCCAUAAACGCCACUUCUAUCAAAAUUGACCUGCAGUUUUUGAGUCCUUGAAGAUACAUUGACUAUAACAAUUUCAGAAAAAGUUGGUUCUACGAACCCCCUCUAAUUGACACGAUGAUCCGAGAAAUUACUUUUCCCCUUUUCCCAAGAAUGACUUGUUUCUCAUAUUCAUCAUUUUCGAACUUCUGGGCCGAUUCAGAUAAUCGAAAUAUCAAAUUGAAGCCAAUGAGCCAAUGUUGUGUAAAAAAAACCUCAGCUUUCAAGGAAUGAAUAUAAAUGAAUAUAGCGCCCUUGAUCUCGAAACCAUGUAAACUAUAGAGAACAAAUACAAGCAACUACGCAUACAAAAUACAUUUUUUCGCGAAUGUGAUAUUUUUUCAAAAAAGACUAGCUCAUUAGCUUCAAUUAGCUAAGUCGAUCAGAUGGUCGGUGGUUCAAUACUAUGAAUUUUUAAGAAGUCAUUUUUUUGGAAAGGGAGAGAAACAUGAUUUUUCGAGCCACCAUGCAACGGAAAGGAACAGCCGUAAAAAUAAAUCUAAAAAAAUAUUGCAUUGGGAAAAUAGUUCGUAGCGUUUUUACCGAAGACUUUUAUUUAAACAAUUAGCUGACCCGGCAAACUUCGUUCCGCCUAAAAUUUAUUUUUCACAUUCACUUUUUUUUACUAAGCGCACUUUCAUGGCCAAUCGCAGAACUGCUCAUUGAUUGAUCUUCUAAUCUACUCUUUAAAAUUACCUUUUACUAUAAAAUUCCUAGUACAGGUCGUACAGGUAAUUUUAUUCUUUAUCGCAAAACAUUAGACUCGUGUUUUUUAUUUUUUUUAUUAGGGUAACCAUUUCUAUUUUAGGGUGGUCCGAAAAAUAAGUAUUUUUCAUUUUUUCCCAAAAAUGACUUUUUUCAAAAACAUAACUUUUGAACCACUGAACCUAUUUAGAUAAAGUGACCAUAUGACCAGAGGUCUAACGCGGGACACCAACAAAAAACAACAACGUUGUGUAUAUAAGUUAUGUAAACAUGAGCUGUAAAAAUAUACAAACAUAAUUUAACCAGUCUCGUUUAUUCGUGAAAUUUUUGGCAUGACAGAUA